AUGGGCAAGGACCAGCCUCUUCACAGUCACAAUGAGGCAAUGAGGUGUUCAACAACACAUAACUACGACCGGGACAGGAGCUGGGGACACUGCACUUCGUUGCCCAAAGACCACAUGGAUCACUGUGCAAACAACCCUUGCCAGAAUGGAGGGACCUGUUCUCUUGCUCAAGGCCAUGGGAUGUACCACUGUACCUGUCCCGAGGAAUUCACGGGCGAGAACUGUCAGAUGAAGAAAUGUUUUGACAACAGCCUCUACGAGUUCUUUGAUGUGGGCGUGAGCUGGUCAAGAGUCCAACAAGGAGCUGUGGAGCAGUGCGUGUGUGUGAACGGCCAGAGCGAGUGCGAGAGAGUCGAACACAGAAGUUGUGUUCAUGAUCCUUGUGUGAAUGCUGGAGAAUGUAAAAUGGUUACCUUCAGUGGGAAAAUAGUAUGUGAUUGCAAAGGAAAUUAUGUAGGAAAAUACUGCAACAUUGUUCCCAGCCAUCGGUGCUAUGUUGGGAAUGGCACGGAGUACAGAGGUACAGGAAGGAUGACCAUUUCUGGACACAACUGCUUGCCUUGGGAUUCAGACUUGCUUUACCAAGAGCUUCAUGUUGACAGCGUGGAGAAAGCAGUACAGCUUGGCUUGGGGCCGUUCUCUUAUUGCAGAAAUCCAGAUGAUGAUGAGAAACCAUGGUGUUACAUCAUGAAGGAUAACAGUUUGUCUUGGGAGUAUUGCGAUGUUCCAUCUUGUGCAAGCAGAGAAAGGAGGCCACCAGUUCCAGACAAGGUAGAGAGUUUUGCAGUUACCAGAAGACCAUGUGGGAGAAGACACAAAAAAAGAAGUUUUUUGAGACCUAGGAUUGUUGGGGGAUCCGCAUCUCUGCCUGGAUCUCAUCCCUGGACAGCAGCAAUAUACAUUGGAGAGAGUUUCUGUGGUGGAAGCCUUAUUCAAACUUGCUGGGUUGUGUCAGCAGCACACUGCUUUGCUAACAGUCCACUAAAAUCGACUAUUACAGUAGUUCUGGGUCAGCAUAUAUUUAAUAAAACAACUGAUGUAACACAAACAUUUGAGAUAGAGAAAUACAUCUUGCAUCCUGAGUAUUCUGUGUUCAAUCCUACUGAACAUGAUAUCGCUUUGAUUAAGCUGAAGAAGAAUGGCCAGCGUUGUGCCGUCAAGUCCCAGUUUGUUCAGCCCAUCUGCUUGCCGGAAAGUAACACCGUUUUCCCUGAUCAGUUCAAAUGUCAGAUUUCUGGAUGGGGACACAGGCAUGAGAAUCUCUCUGGUUAUUCAAAUGUCCUGCAAGAAACACUGAUUCCAGUUAUUCCUGAGGAGAAGUGCAGAAGCUCUGAAAUUUAUGGUACAGAAAUCACUGAAAAUAUGUUCUGUGCUGGCUACUUCGAUAGCAGAUCUGAUGCUUGUCAGGGAGAUUCUGGUGGACCUCUGGCCUGUGAGGAAGAGGAGAUCUCUUACCUUUAUGGCAUUAUCAGCUGGGGAGAUGGCUGUGGCAGAGUCAACAAACCUGGAGUAUAUACACGAGUGACAAACUAUGUAAACUGGAUUAAUGAGAAAAUAGCCCCCCGAAAAGCCAGUUGA